AUGGAUCACACCUCCUGCGUACGUCAUCAAGGUCAGUUCAGGUUGCACAGGACGCCACGACUUCGGAUCAAGACAAGUCACGACUUGGCAUGGAGACUGUCUCAUGAUUUGCACCUACAACGCUGGAACAGUAUCCACCACGCCGUCCUUCUCGAAGCUGCAGGGACCACCAACUACCUAUCAUCUCCAACAUCAGCAGCCGAUAAGUCGGGAGUAGUUGCUUUUAAUGAGGAUGUGGAGGAUGUCACCCGCGAAGAAAAUUCUUUCUGUGUCGUGGGUGACUUCAAUGCGAAGACUGGUACGCCAAAAUAA